AUCACCACUACAGAGUCUCUGGUUUCCCUUUUCUGUUUCUCAAUGUCUUGUAAUGUUCUUCAGAGAAAGGGAAAAGACCGGUAGAGAAAUUGCAUUACAUGUAUGUAUGUAAGUUUAUAUACAUUGUUAAAGAAAAGGAACAUACAGAUAAUAAGGUAAUAAUAAUAGAAAGAAAAAAGUGUAACAUAAAAUUAAAAGCAUUAAUAAAAAUGAGGGUGUUCUAUAUGUUAUCUUUACCAAUGACUAUUGGGAUGGUGAUUAUUACAUUGAGAUAUUUCUCUGGACCUGAUGUGCCCAAAUAUGUCUUAUUCACCGUUGCUUAUACAUGGUUCUGCUCCCUCUCCAUCAUCAUCCUCGUCCCUGCUGACAUAUGGGCGACACUAAAUGGUGAUGUGAAUGGAGUGAUAUCCUUCUUAUGGAGUUUGUCAUAUUGGAGUACCUUCUUACUUACAUGGUCUGUGGUUCCCACUAUUCAGGGUUAUGAAGAUGCUGGAGACUUUACAGUGAAAGAGAGAUUGAAGACCAGUUUACAUGGGAACCUUGUUUUCUAUCUCUGCCUUGGUUCUGUAGCACUUUCUGGAUUGAUAUUACUAAUAGCACUAAAAAAAUUUUGGAGUGGUAGUGUUAUGGGUUUUGCCAUGGCUUGCUCUAACACAUUUGGACUUGUUACUGGAGCAUUUCUACUUGGAUUUGGUAUGAGUGAAAUUCCAAAGGGAAUUUGGUUAAAUGCAGAUUGGGCCAAUCAGCAAAAAUUUCUUUCCCACAAAGUUGCAAAAAUGGCUGUCAAAUUAGACGACGCUCAUCAAGAUUUUUCAAAUGCUAUUGUUAUCACACAGGCAACAUCAAAGCAAAUGUCUAAGCGGGAUUCUUUGAGAUCCUACAUGAAUAUAAUUGACAAAAUGAUGCAGCAGAUGUUGAAGGAAGACCCUUCCUUCAAACCACAGGGUGGGAGACUAGGAGAAAGUGACAUGGAUUAUGAUACAGAUGCGAAAUCAAUGGCAGCACUAAGACGUCGUCUUAGAAGAGCUCGUGAGCAGUAUUAUCGAUAUAGAAGUGAAUAUACAAAAUUUGUCCUAGAAGCCCUUGAGUUGGAGGAUACAAUAAAGAACUAUGAGCGCCGUGAUGCUAUAAGAUGGAAAUAUAUUUCAUGCUUAAGGCCUGAACGAAUAGGCAAAGUAGGUGCAGUUUUGGAUACAAUUGAGUUUCUAUGGCGAUGUAUAUUAAAGAAACUUCUCGAGAAAUCACUGGCCGUUAUAUUGGGCUUCAUGUCAUUCGCUAUUCUAUUAGCAGAGGCUACCAUACUACCCAAUGGAGUUGAUUUAUCUCUUUUCUCUAUCCUAGUACACGCUGCAGGACAGCAAGAAAUGCUUGUGCAGUUAGCCGCUUUCGUCCCUUUGAUGUAUAUGUGUGUUUGUACAUAUUAUUCCUUGUUUAAAAUGGGAAUGUUGAUGUUUUACUCACUGACACCAAGACAAACAAGCUCUGUAAGCUUGCUUAUGAUAUGCUCGAUGGUGGCAAGAUAUGCUGCACCCAUUUCAUACAACUUUCUCAAUCUCAUCAAUCUUGGUGGGGAUCGUAAAACCAUUUUUGAAAAAAAAAUGGGAAACAUCGAUGACGCUGUUCCGUUUUUCGGGAAAGGGUUCAACAAAAUUUACCCUGUCAUCAUGGUUAUAUACACUUUACUAAUAGCAGGCAAUUUCUUUAACCGGGUCAUCGACUAUUGUGGGAAUUGGAAAAUAUUCAAGUUUAGUGAUGAUGCAGAAGAUAUGGAUGGAUUUGAUCCAUCUGGAGUAAUAAUCUUGCAGAAAGAGCGCUCUCUUCUUCAGCAAGGACACAAUGUCGGCGAGCUUGUUUUCCCUUUAGCUAGGAGUUUCAGCAUGAGUGUGGAUGUUGAGUCUGUAAGCAGGACCAAGGCUCUGGAUGAGAGUGCCGGCGAAGAAAAAACUACUACCAUCACAGUAGAGGCGAAAAACGAAGAAACUCAGAGUGAUAUGAGCAGAAAAAUUGGUGGUAGAAAGUAUGCAGCUUUAAGGACAAACCUGAAUGAAGAGGUUUCUAGUAAAGAUUUAACCCAAGAAAGAGAAUCUUCAUCUUUGACAAAUGAUGCCAAUGAUUCUCAUCAGGAUAUUAUUUCAGCACCAUCAUCUGCUUUAUCCUCAAAAUGGGAAUCAAUGAUGCAUGGAUUAAAAAAUUUAAAAUCUAACAUUGACUCCAACAGAUUCCUUCCUCUUAGUAAUAGUGCUCAUCAUAUAUCCUCUCUAAACGCACACUCUUCAUUUGAAUCUCUUGAUGAAAUAUUUGAGAGAUUGAAACGUCCACCUUCAGAACAUAGAGAUCCUGAGCUGACUUCAAAUAUAUAAUAGUUGCAUGUAAAACUUAUAGAGAUUAUGUCCUUGUACUACACAUAUUUGUUUAUAUUUUUAUUUAUUAAAUUUUAUAAAAUAUUUCAAAAGAAA